UUUUUUUUGAAAAUAAAGAUCGAUCUUCUUUAUACGAUCAAUGACUUUUUAUUUAUGGAAAUCAAAUUUGAAUGCACUGACUGUUACUCUAAUAUUAUCGGCGCCGCUCAAUUUUACAAUCCAAGUACGACAACGUGCAGAGAGAGCUAGCUUGAAUGUUAGGAGACUCUGUUUCUUUUUUUGGAAUACUCAUGGAACAAGAGAACGUGAUCCAUACUUUACUUUUUCGUCUUUCGAAGAGAGAAACCCCAAAAUAAGAGAGUAGUACCAACCUUUUUUUUUUUUUCUUGUUGGAGUAAACGUGCUAAAG